GGACCGAAAUAGAAUAGUUUCAUGUCUGUUUGGAAGGCAGCCCAGCUGAAACUAUGCUCCGCUGUGACUGACAGUGGGAUGUGGACUUUUUCUCCUCAAGAAAAAACCUAUAAGGCCAGCUGUGCGCUCAGACUCCGUUCAGUUGCACUCCGGCAGGCGUUGGUGGUGGUUGGGCCAGCUGGGGCUCUAAAGCAGGAGACAGAGCUGAAUAGAGUUUGAGUCGGAGUGGAUAAAAGUGAGCAGAGGGAACAGAGGGCCCGGCGAACGCGCGUGUGGAAAGAAGCACAAACUUCUUGACUAUGAACCGCGGCGGGAACACCUUACCGUUCAGUCUCUAGCCAAGACAAUGGAUGCUGAACUGAAGUAAGAUGGCCUCGGAAAGAACGCCGACCCCUCAGAGCAGCUCGAGGCAGAGCAGCUCUCUCUCGUCGUCGCCGAUGAGUACCCGCAUGCAGACCCUGCAGGUGGACUCAGUCCAGCGGUGGAUGGAGGACCUCCGCCACAUGACCGAGGUGGAGUGCAUGUGCGUCCUUCAGGCCAAGCCCAUCGGGGUGGACGAAGACUCCCACCAGGGGGAGCUCAUAGUGACGUCCGGGAUCGGCGCGGGCGACCACGUGGCCAGGAACAACCUGCAGACGCUCCUCCGCCGGGCGCUGGUGGUCAGCACGGAGCUGGGCAAGAUGUUCCAGCGGCUGGAGAAAGGCCGCUGGCAGAGGGUCCACAGCACGGCCGUACGCGCCAACUGCCACGUGCGCUCGCUGGUCCACGAGUACAGCGCCGCCCGGAGCACGCCGCCGGAGAUGCAGAAGUAUGAAAAAACACUGCUGGAAAAGUGCAUGGAGCUGACUAACAUCACGGAGAGGUGCCUUCACACAGAUGAUGAAUUCUUCCUUAAAUCCAUGAGGGAGGCGAUCCACGAGAUCCUCACAGACGUCAGCGAUUCCUUCAGCAACAUGAUCGACAUGGCGUUGGCCAACGAGAUCCGGGUUCUGAUCAAACAGAUCGAGUCGUCAGACUGUGUUCAGACUAUCGGCAGCGCCAUCAGCAACCUGCUGUCUCUCACCCAGGAUGGACCCCAGCUCUGCAGCAUCAUCGCCAAGGAAGGUGCUGUGGUGGCCCUGUUCAAGAUCUGCAGGCAGGAUCGCUUCAGAGACCUCUACGCUCACGCUCUGAGAACGGUGGCUUCCAUCUGCUGCGUAGAAGAGGGCAUCAACCAGCUGGACAAGGUGGACGGGAUCCUGUGCCUGGCAGACAUCUUGACCGAUGAGAGCAGCGUGGAGGCUGCCCGGGCCGAGGCUGCGGCCGUGGUGGCCCAGAUCACGUCACCCCACCACACCUCCACCCAGCACCUGGCCAGCUUCCUGGAGAGCAUGCACGACAUCGUCACAGCGCUCAUCAAGCUGUGCGAGAGCGCCUCCUGUGGCGAAGUGUUCCUCCUGGCCUCUGCUGCCUUGGCCAACAUCACAUUCUUCGACAGCAUGGCGUGUGAGAUCCUGCUGCAGCUGAACGCCAUCCACAUCCUGCUGCAGGCCUGCAAGGACCGCCAGAGAGUGGACACGCCCUACUCCAAAGACCAGGUGGUGACAAUUUUGGCAAAUCUUUCUGUUUUGGAGUCGUGUGCUUCUGAAGUCUUGCAAGAGCAAGGAAUAGAGAGACUGCUGCUGCUGCUGGGGGAGAAACCCUCGUCCUCCAACCCGUCAGAGGUGGCUGCCUGCGAGCGCGUCCAGCAGAAAGCUGCGGUCACUUUGGCCCGUUUGAGCAGAGACCCUGAUGUGGCCCACACCGCCAUCCAGCUGAAAGCCGUCCCUCGUCUCAUUGAGCUGUGCCGCUCCCCCACAGAGAGAAAUAACAGUGACUCCGUUCUGGUGGCCUGCCUGGCGGCUCUGAGGAGGCUGGCGGCGGGCUGCCCGGACAGCAUCAAGGCGGCCGACCACCACCAGCUCAUCAAACCACGGCUGGUCGACUCUUUCCUGCUGUGCUCCAACAUGGAGGAGAGCUUCGUAUGACGAGCCGCACAUUACAGCCCUGACGGAGGACGUCAUCAGAGCCGUAUCCGCGCACAUCGGUUUGAACUUUCCAAUGAAACUUUUGUCGGUUUUCGCCGAGUUCGACCGUGGAUUUGGCCCCAUGGAGUAUGCAGAACACAUAAUUAUAUGCAUGCCCAGAGAUGAAUGUACGGCUUAACACGACCGUAGUCAUUGUAAAUGUAUUCACUGUUUACAGUGCGCAAGGUUAAAAAGAGCUUAUCGUUUUAUUCCGCGGGAAAUUGAAUAUGCCAGUAAUUAUUGUGCAAAUUCUGGAUUUAUUGUCACUGUGCUUUUUCUUUUUGUUCUUCUGAACCAAAGGUGUUUCAAAGAUUGUUUGUCAUUGUUUGUGUGAUGAGUGUAUUUUACCUGAAAGGUCACAUCAUUUUAGCGUUUGUUUAAGACAGAGUCAGAAAUAUGAGGUGAUUGUAAAAAAAAAAAAAAAAAAAACAUUGGCACAUUACAUUAUUUCUUUAAACCUAUUUGCCAUUAACAAAUAUUACACUUGCAGCUGCGAAAUAAAUCUUAAAUUAAAAAAAUGCUUUUUAUUUAUAUAGAUAUACCAUUAUCGUAUGCAAUGCAUUAAAUAAAGACGUUCUUUGUCAGAGA